UUUAUGUUGUUGACAGGAUAAUGCAAUAGAAUAAGAGGAUAUUUAAAAUAAUUUACUUUAUUUUAGGUAAAUAGCAAAGAUAACAUUCGAGCUGAACUUCAGAGUCUGUUAAAGGAACAUUUUCCGGAUGAAGUUGAUAUUAUGAAAAGGACAGGAGGUGAGUUCAGCAAUGAGCCUCAAGAGAAAAAAAGUCGGAAUGGAGAAGAAGAAAUGGAAAGCUGUGAUGUCUCCACCACUUCUCCUGUAGAUACAGCUAAAGAAGGGAAGCAAGAAAAACCUGCAGGCACUUCACAGAAGACUUCAAGGCUGCCUCAAGCUCUUGCAGGAGAGGCAACUUCAAAACAAGAUGUUUCCCAAGAGAAGAUUCCUCAGCCAACAAAGGGGAAGUCAGUAGAGCCGACAAAACCAAAGAAAGAACCAUGCAUAUGGAGAGAUACCAAUUACAAAGUCUAUACUUUGAAAGGUCAUAAUGACAUCAUUUUAGAUGUGGACUGUUCUGAUGGAUAUGUACUGUCAGCAAGUCGGGAUACAACUGUGAGAGUUUGGCGUGUGGGUGGCAUAGAAGAAGAGAGGAGUCUGCGAGGCCAUAGAGCAUCAGUUACGUCGGUUGCAUUUCUCCCUGGAGAACUUGCAGCUACUGUGUUGGCAAAGCUGGAGUCAGAGUAUGAGGAGAUCCCAUCAGUACAAGGUCAACAUUCACCAGAAUGCAGAGUGCUAGCUGUAUCAGGGGGACUUGACUGUACAGUGAAGGUGUGGGAUAUUAUCUCAGGUGAAAGCCAUGGAUCGAUAUACACUUAUAACGGAAUAACAUGCUUGAGUUGUGGAACGUGGGGCAUUGUGACAGGCACAGAGGGUGGUAAAUUGGAAAUAUGGUGUGUUUCAAGUGGCCAGCGCUUUGCCUUUGUUAAUGCCUUUGAGAGUCAAGUCAUAUCUGUUAGUGUCAAGGGAAAUUUGAUAUAUGCAGGAAGUUUUGAUGGUGAAAUUGGAAUAUGGAAGUAUGAUAGCAAGGAAAGAACUCUGGGAACUCAAUAUCUAUUGGAACCUGAAUCUCCAACUCCAGUGAGUCUGAAACAGUUGUCUUGUCUGGCAGCUCAUGGUGAUUGUGUGUAUCUUGGAGACAGUGGACCAAAUAUUAAGAAAUUUAACUGGAAGAAGA